CUUCAGGUUAUACAAAGCGAAGUGUAACUGCAUUACCGAAAAAAAAAUAUGCACAUCUAUCCUUUGCAAGAAAUAUUUUAUUUACAAAACACUCGAACUUUAUCAUACCACGUACUGAUAAAACUCUUUCUUCACGAGAUAAUAUUUCCCAUGCAAUACGAGAAUAAUACUUAGCUGUAUAUGUUACAAAAACUAUUUCAGACGUAAUUGAAUGUUAUUAGGUUAUAAUAUCUGUAUUUUGUGUCCAUAUUUUGUUUGUCAUAAUAUAUAACGUUUCCCUUAAAAUACACAUCGAUUUUCUUCGAUUAUCGAUAUUACGAAAAUUAUACCACUUAUGUAUAAGAAAAAAGUAUUGUAGUAUUAAUAAACAAAGGAUUUUACUGGUCAGUAGACACAAUGGAAAAUGCAGCAGCCUCAAUUUUGAAGCGAGCUGUCGAAAAGGAUGAAGAAGAACAGUAUACUAUGUCCCUUUUAUUAUACCAAGAAGGUGUACAAAUACUUCUUGACACUAUAAAAGAGACAAAGGAUCCAGUUAAAAGCAAACAUUUUACUGUUAUGACAUCGCGAUAUCUGGAUAGAGCAGAGAAAGUAAAACAAUUAGUCGAAAGAAAGAAAACACAAGGUACAUACAGAGAAUUAAUAAAGAUUAAGGAUGGCGCAAUUGGUUAUGGAUACAAUAGUCUUUUUGGUAGAUUUUUAGACGCUAUGGUUACAUAUAUUCAAAUAGAAGAUCCAUAUAUAAGGGCAUUUCAUCAGUGUCAAAAUUUAGUAAGAUUAUGUGAAUUGGCAGUUCAAAAAUGUCAUUCUCUAUCAAAAAUAUCUCUCAUUACUACAUGCGAUCCAGAAGAUUUCAAAAAUCAAUCUAAAAGACUUGAAGAAUUGAAACACAGCCUGAAAUCGCAUCUUAUAUCAUUUGAAAUUACAUAUUCUGAUACAUUACAUGACAGACAAAUUGUACUUAGCAAUGGAUGGAUAAUAAAAAUAGGACGUGGUUUAGAUUAUUUUAAAGCACCAAAUGGAAAGUUUGUUUUGGGUUAUUGUGAUCUUGAAUUAAGAUCAUGUCAGGAAACUACAGUAGAUAUCUUUCAUAGUAGUCAACUGAAGAAUACUGUACCAUGAUAGAUAAAAAUGAAAAGUAACUAUUAAGACGCGAACAUAUCAAAGCAAAAAUUUUAUUUUCUUUAAACUAGUAUUAAUAUGUAAAAAAUAAUGAAAUACGUGUUUUGUCCUGUUUUUACUUUAAGAAAUAGUUGAAAUGAAUUUCAAUGAUCAGUUUUUAAUCUUAAAGGAAAGUUUUUAUCUUUUCAAGGGUCAGUUUUUAUUCUUGAAGGAAAAAAAAAUUUCGCUUUAAAAACAUAAUUCUAUAUUAUUAGAUUUAUUAGAUAUGAACACAGGGAAUUUCUUAUGUGAAAAUUUUUGGCCAGACCAAUAGGCUAGUUUUUAUAUUUUUAUCAAAAUUAUAAUAUACCAUUUAUUCAUUUAUAUUAUUAUACAAUUAUAUUUUGCGAGAAUCAUUUAUUCAAUAUUGCAAAGUAUAUUAAAUUUAUUCAAUUAAUAUCAAUU